ACAUCGUUGACGAGUGAAAAAAUGAAAUAUAUCGCGGUCUACAUGACGUUAGUGACCCUGGCGAUCAGGACCGAUGGCCGACAGUUCAGUUACGGCCAGUGGCCCAGGUUCAUCGAGCCGGAUGACUCCCUUAGCCUUCAGGACGACUGCCUGACGGGACCCUGCGACGAAUUGUAUCCGGAGAAACGGAGCAGAGGUGUUGAGGACCCGGAGCAAAUGCUGCCUUUAGCGAGUUCGUAUCACUCCACUAGUGUCUCGUGGCCAUGGAUGUGCCCUUGUGAGACCCAGUAUGGGCUGUUAGAUCUUGGACCUGGACACUAUCCGCGGUACCUGGCUCGGGCACAGUGCGCCCCGAAGGCCUGUCGCACCAGACUUAAUCAGUGCAAGUUGAUUAAUUAUAAGGUGCACAUUCUGAGAGAACGAGAACCCACUGACGGCGCCGAGACGAGCGACGAGCCGUACGUUGAGCAUUCGGUGUUGCCUGAGCCGUUGCGCGUUAAAUGGCAACUCAAGCCAGUGAAGAUAGCGGUGGCCUGCGUUGCACUCACCGAUGGAAAGAGAAAUUGAUCGUCCAACUGAAACAAAGAGAACUGAAACAUUCUUUAGAGACUCGUGAUAUGUCUGAAGAGCUCCAUCAACUGCAUCGUCUAUGAAAUGAAAUAAAAAAAAGUAUGGAAAAUUAUUAGAAAAUUAUUAUUGAAAAUUAUUAGAAAAAAAUUAAUUCAUUGUUAUAGAUAACUUACACUCCUUUAUAAUUGGAGAUAGCAAUAUGGAUAUUAAUUUUUAUAUUAAUUGGAUUAGUGAUAUUGAUUAUUGAUAUUAUC